AUGUACACUUUGGAAAAUUCUGAAGAAAGUCCCCUAAGAGUAAGGGAUCAAUUAGGCAAACUUACAGACAAAAGUGACAUGUAUGCUUUUGGUGUGAUUCUUUUGGAGCUUUUAAUGGCAAGAAGGCCGGUUGACAGAGUGGCUAAAGCUCAGUGCAAAUCCAUAGUUACUUGGAUCUUGGAGGUUCCUUUGUGCAUAAUAACUUUUGCAUCACCAGUGACCAUGUCCGUGUUUAGCCAGUAUAUUAAGAAGGGUGUUGAAGCAAAUAACAUAAAGGCUUUGUCCAAGAAGGUACAUGCAGCCAUUGGUGCUGACCCCACAGAAACGAAAUCUCAAACGCAGCCUCCUAAAGAGCACAAGAGAUUCAACCUGAAGAAAUUGGCAUACGAAGAGAGUAGGCCAAGCUGA